AACAACUUCAUUCCAUUCCUCAACAACACUGGUCAUUGGUUUUGAGUUAGGCAGCCAAGAUGUCGGAUAUGCAACCGCCCAAUUCAGGCUUCAUCAACUACCCAGCACCCAAGGCUUACGACAUACCCUUCAAAGCCCCGCCACCAGGAAACAAUCCCGUGCUCAAGGGACCGCUGCUGCAACAUCUUUCCACUCUCGUCGCAGCCGUCCCUUUUCUGCAGUCGUACUUGUGGAGCAAUGCCGGCUUCGCCUCACUGCGCAAUCUCAGGGAAAUCGACGGCGUCGACAUCCGCUACGAUCCUACCGUGAUUCCGCUUGCCCAGCCCAACGACGCAGCUCCCGCAAACUACACAGAUGCAUCCAACCUACGCGCACCACCCGAUAGUGGUACAAAUGGUCGAUUUUACUCGAUUAAAGACUUCCACGACGCCUACUUGAGCGGCACACUUAGACCCACCGAUGUCGUAGAGCAUCUGUUGCCCCUCAUCCGCAGAGAUGUGCCGCAACGGACGCCGUACUCGACGGCCUUUAUGGACACCAAGGUGGACCUUGUAAGAGCGGCAGCGGCAGCAUCGACACAGCGGUAUAAGGAGGGACAGCCACUGGGUGUGCUGGAUGGCGUGCCAUUUGGUGUCAAGGACGACGUGCAGGUCAAGGGAUACAAGCGCUAUAUCGGCGCCAGACACGACGUUAGCAAUGGCGGCGCGGGAGAGACGAGCUUCUGUGCCAGGGCGCUGGAGAAAGAAGGUGCCAUCUUGGUGGGAACGCUGACGAUGCAUGAAUUGGGCAUGGAUACAACCAACAACAACCCCAUCUGGGGCACACCAGUAAACCCCUACAACUCAUGCUACUACACGGGUGGUUCCUCCGGCGGACCCGCAUCCGCCGUUUCCCACGGCCUCAUCCCGUUUGCCAUCGGUUCAGACGGCGGAGGUUCGAUUCGUCUGCCCGCCAACUACUGCGGCAUCUACGGCCUCAAGCCCAGUCACUCGCGCGUCUCAAUGGCCCCAAUGGCCGACACCACCUCGUCUGUCACCACCCACGGACCCCUCGCAGCCAACAUGUCCGACCUCGCCAUCUCAUACCGCGUUCUCGCCCAACCCGACCCCUCCGUCUUCCCCUCAUCGCACUUCCGCGCGCCCAACCCACACGCCUCCGCCAAUCGCCCCAAAGUCCUCGGGAUAUACAAACCCUGGCUCGACCGCGCCGACGCACCCGUCCAAGAAGCCAUCUACACCGCCCUACGCUACUUUGAAAAACAUCUCGGAUACGAAGUAGUAGACAUCACAAUCCCACUCACCACAGACGGCCAACUCGCCCACGCCAUGACCAUCAUGGCAGAGGGGGCUACAAGCUACAAACACAGCCGUCUACGACCUCUCUGCCCCCGAACCGCAUCCUCCUCUCCGUCGGCCGCCAAACUCCCGCUAGCGACUUUGUCCUCGCUCAACGCGUUCGCAACCUCCUGA